GGAGAACAAGUACAAAGUGAGCAUGCUCACUAGAGCUAUGGAUUAGAUGACACAGCUGUGAGCAGCAAAAGUAGGCCAUGAUAUGGUGGGCAUUAAAUGGGCUUGCUUCUCUUACUGGAUCCUAAUAUCCAGUGUCCAACCUGCCAAUUCAUGUGGUGUUUUAAGUGCCACUCUCCCUGGCAUGAAGGUAUCAACUGCAAAGAAUACAAAAAGGGAGACAAGCUGUUACGUCACUGGGCCAAUGAAAUUGAACAUGGUCAAAGAAAUGCUCAGAAGUGUCCAAAAUGCAAGAUCCACAUCCAGAGGACAGAGGGAUGUGACCACAUGACUUGCUCACAAUGUAACACUAAUUUCUGUUAUCGCUGCGGGGAACAAUACCGCCAACUCCGUUUCUUUGGAGAUCAUACGUCAAACCUCAGUAUAUUUGGAUGCAAAUACCGCUACCUCCCCGAGAGACCACAUUUAAGGAGACUAGUGAGAGGCUCUGUCUGUGGUGGGAAGUUGCUGAUUGCACCAUUGAUACUGGUUUUGGGACUAGUAAUAGGAGCCAUAGCUGUUAUAAUAGGUUUAUUUGUGUUCCCUAUCUAUUGCCUUUGUAAAAAGAAGAGGAAAAGACCACGAACAGAAAUGCCCUGGUACGAGUGAACAGUCUGAAGGGAGAUGGUCCUGCAAGGCUUAUGCAAAACAUGUACAACACAGCAAUACUGUGCUGGUUAACUGUCCUGAAGCCACAGCCCUGGCAGAGAAUCAGGGGGAAUCUGCCACAUUCCUUCUGCACAGUACACUACUUGACACAGGCCAGAAUGCUUUUCUGCUCUGGUGCCUCAGAAAAAAUGGAGGUUUCUAAAUUAUUUUUUUAUUAUUUUUUUAAAGCCUGCACCACACGGUUUAGAUCAACUUUAUUUUCUUGGACAGCCUGUAUCUGCACUGUGCCUGCAUAUCUACUGAUGAGCCGAUGGAAGAAACAUUUAAUUUAGUGACAUAUUUUUUAGUUACUGACUUAAUUCUAGGCCUUGGCAGGGGGUGGAAUAUCUAGUUGCAAUGUGAGUGAAGAUUAUUUUCUUUAUUUUAGAGGCUUGUUCCAUAGCUGACAUUCUGUCAGGUGCUGAAUUCAGUAGGUCAUUGUUUUAUAUAUGCAACUUUAUCUAUAAAUCAUGAAUCAUGUGUGUUUUGGUAGCUAUUGUUAAUCCCAAUAAUUUAAAGGGAAUAUGGUGGGAAAUAAUUAGAGAAGUAGAGAUUACAAUGGAGUUUUGAAAUGACUGAGAUUAUAACUUAAAGCCUUGGGAGAACAUGUUUCUCAUUUCAGUGGUUUUGAAUUGUGCAAACUGUUUAGUUUAGUGAAGAUAACUUUUCACUCUAUUUAAUUUACAAAUACAUCAAGGUAAAUUAGGGAAAGAGAUAACUGCCUUCAGUAGUUAUUUCUCGAAUAAGACAUACAAGCACUAGUUGGUGCAUGUACACAUGAUAGGCUGGUAAUAUGAUAUUUGAAUAUACCAUAGCAACUAAGAAUGUGGCCAAAAUCAGAUAAAAAUAGAAAAUCAUAUAUUUCUUACCACUGUAUUUUGGACAAUUUAGUACUGUGUGGUAGGUAAAAUAGCUAUUGACACUGGAGCAGUCUAGCGACAUGCUAUAUUGAUGCAUAAUUUCAACCCACCCAUCCCCCAGGAAAAAAAUUGCAGACUUCAAAAGAUACUAAUAUAUGACCAGAUAAAACUGAGGGCAAGUUGGCAAUUCCCUUCAUAUAGUGAGGAACACUGCACUUAGCAUUGUGUACAAUUUAUUUGCAAAAAUCUUGAUUUGCCAGAUAUCCAUAAUUCUUGCCGAAAUUGUUGGAGGGAUUAUAGAUGUUGGGUGAAUUGCACAUAUUUUUGUGUAUGUGUUAAUGUAGCCUGCCUAGUUUUCUAUGCCCAAGUCUUCUAUUUCCUCUGUAAAGUCUGUUACAGAAUAUUGGAAUUGGCCCAUAUGUGAAAAUAUAUUACAUAUGAGCAGUUGAAUUGCCACCUUUGUAUGCUUUCAAAAAAUGAUUCAGUCUGGUAAAACCCAGUGACACUUCUUUUGAAUGCUAGAGUAGUUACCUGGAGUUACCUUAUUUAUAUCUUGUUUUUUGAUGGUUAGUUUUAGUUUUUUGUCUAACAGAUUUAAAUUCAGUAAUGAGGAGAUUUAAGGACAACAUUUUUAAAAAUGCACUGUCACAUUCUGCUAAUACUGAUGUAAGCGAGAAAAUUGGGAAGAGAAAAAUCAUGCCCAAAACGCUGAAUCCUAAAAUGACCUUCCAUGCAUAAAAGGAUUCCUUUGGUGAAGGGAAGAAUUGUGAUCUGACAGAAUUUGUCUCCUCAUAGUCCCUGGAGUCACCUCCUGUCUUGCUCAAAAUGGUACCCUAGCUAUACAGAGCAAAUGCUUGCAUAGCAGAUUGGAAAUCAGUAAAAUGCUCUCCCUCCUUUCUUUUAGCAGAAGGAUGUGAAGCUGGACUGCACAUUCCAGCAGCCCUAACCAAAGUAGCUUGUUUAAAGAACACUGGGAGUUGCAGUCAAACAACUUCUGGAGAGCCAUACUCCCAUUUUGUGUUAGCAUAUUUCAGGAACACCCUUCUAUGGAGAAAGCUCUGCUCACAGGAUCUUAAGACCUAUCCUGGUGUGUCAAUACACUCCUUGCCACUUACUGUAUGCACUGAAGACUUUUUUUCAAAAGCCAAGAUGGUGUUGGCCAAAAAGCGGUAAUGGAGUAUUCUGCAAGUCCUUUGUUGUAUGUUUUUGAGUUGCCAAAAAGGCAGCAUGUUGUUAUUUGGUGAACACUUUACCUCAGAAUAUUACAAUACCUAAUUACUGAAGAAGUUCAUUGAUCAUUAUACAACAGAUUUUAAUGCAUCAUAUGAGUUAUUCUUAGGACCUCAAAGUCUCUGCAAAAUUUAGUUGUGGAUGUUAUUUGUCAGGCAGCAUGUCCACCUUAUAUUGAGUUUUAAUGUGCUAACAUCAGUUAGCUUCAAACUAUCAUGUUUUCUUCUGCUAAAAUUAGACUGCUUUUGAUAGAUUCCAAAACUCAACUUAAUUAGAGCUGACAAUGAAUUUUAAAGUGAACUACUUUCUGUGAAAAUUCAUACACUAUGAGUUGAAACCAGAGUUCUUACUCCACCAGUGGGGAUGCCCUUGAGUGGAGUUCCACUUGGAAAUUUCUCACUGGUAGAAGUGGGGAUGGAAGGAAUUUGAUGACUUUCCCACUUGCACUGCAGCCUCAAAGUGGAAAUUCUCCCAACCUUCAGAAGCAAAUCUUGUGGGUACUUUGAGGACUGCACAGAGAGUCCUCAAAGACUGGUGAAGAUUACUUCCCCCCCUUCCAUCAAUCAGUAAAAAACUAUCAGCUAAAUCAAAAGCCUUUAGUUAAGAAGGAGUACUUCUUGCCAAACCUAGUGAUGCCAGGAGUAGACCUGUUGAAAUCAGUGUGACAGGUUUGUCAUGAAACUGACCAGAGUCUUCUGGUUUUCACUGGGUCUAUGCUGACUGUGGUGAGGUUUGGAUCCAAAUUCACAUGGCUACAAAUCUUUUAACUUGCUCAGUACUUUUCUCUGUUACUAUAUUGUCUCUUAAACUUGACUGCUGCCUUAAACAAACCUCUUUAAAGAUUGUAUUCCUUUACCAAGCCCCCAAUAAUUGUGUUUUCUCAGGCCAAACUUGUGUAUUGUCUUUGAUUUACUCAGGGAUUUUAGUCCUUCAUUAUAAUGUCAAAUAGUCCUGUAAGAAACUUUUCUAAUAUUUAGAAGAAGAAAAACAUUGAAGCGUUCAACUUACAUCACAAAACUUGUCGUGCAGGAUGCAUUAAAGCAAUGUCAAGAUCUCUGCUUGACUUAAGAAUAAUUGAUGUACUACUUGAUAGUUCCUGUAAUGUUUCCACAUUUAUUUUUUAUUCUCACUCUUCACAAUUGAAAUACAUUGUUUGUAAUGGUUAGACCUAGCCCAGAGACCUUGAUAUGCAGCAGCAAGUUGCAUGCAGGGAUCUCACUGCUUUGGCAGCUGACCUUGAGACAGUAAGCACCAUCUUGAUAGUGACAGUUGUUUGUUGACAUAGAACUGAUUCAACACACACACUCUCCAGCCCUCCAGUGAAGAAUUUGAAAUACUGAAAGACACAGUCAACCCCCCCCCAUCUCCCCAAGUGAGGUGUAUACCAACUAUACAGCAUUACAAGAUAAACCAGAAUUGGUGCAGGUUUUCCUGCUUGUGUAGCACUUCUUCAUCCAUACAAGACCACAUCCCUUGAGAGCAGUCAUGUUUAUGGAAGCCUGCUUCUUUAAGUGAGCCACCCUUGCUGGAUAAAAGUCCUUAUACUUCUCUUUUAUUACUUUGAGACAUCUGAAAUACAUUCGCCUGUUACCUCAAGUCAUUAGGAUAAGUGAAAUGUAUGAAUAGUGUCUAUGUUCUCUCUCUCUCUCUCUCUCUGUCUGUGUGUGUGUGUGUGUGUGUGUGUGUAUAUAUAUAUAUAUAUGAAGGAUGUAGCUGUUUUCCACCAACAUGUACAACAGGGCAAACCCUUGCCUUUAACAUACUUGCACAGCCAAGCAGUUGUCAUUCAGUGCAACCACAUCUGAUAGUACUGGUUGGUUGUGUGUGCAUUAAAUCUACAUACUGUUUUCUACCACUAGAUGGUCAGAUUUACAGAAGCUGUCAUUACCAUCCAUUUGUUUGCAGGGUAGAUCCUUAAUUACAAACUUGGAAUCAGGGCUAUAGGGUUUCACAGAGUGUUGAAUGCUUAGUGUUUACUGUACGUCUUGAAAUUUCACCUUUGCUUGCAGUCCUAUCCAGAAGUUUCACGGACAAACAGUGAACUUGUCUUUUGUUCUGUGUGCCAUCUUCCAUCAAAGGAUUAAAUGUAUUGCCAGUUUUAUAUGGCACCCUCAUAAUCUCACCAUUCAGUUUCUGUAAUGUUUCUGAAGAAAUUGUACUUGAAGCCCCUGACUUUGUGGGAAGGCAAGCUUUUUUAAUUUAUUCAAGAUGCAUAUUGGGGCAUAGUAAAAUUACAUUUGAAACUAUUGUACUUUAGAGCUGGAUUUAUUUGCUCAUAAGCUUCAUUGGGACAAUAGAGAUGAUUUCUUAAGCGGGUGGAGGAAUGAUAUGUGCAAAAUGAAGAUAAAAUGGUAUGUGGUUAAAGCCAAAAUAAAAAAAAAGUUCCUGCU